AUGAACCCCGAUGCGAGUUUGAUUACUGCGCUCGUAGAGCGGUGGCGACCCGAGACGUCGACCUUCCAUCUACCGUGUGGUGAGAUCACGAUCACGUUAGAGGACGUUGUUACACUGUCCGGUCUGGCGAUCGACGAUGAUGCCGUCGUAGUUGAUAUACCGGAUGAGGAGUGGUCCGCGAUCUGUUUGAGACUGUUAGGACGGGUUUCGGUUGAUCUUGUAGGCGGUGUCGAUGUUGUUAGGAUUGUUUGGCUGAGGGUUGAAUUUAGUCAUCUGCCGGAAAAUGCAUCACACGAGGUUAUAGAGCAGUUUGCACGAGCUUAUGCUCUAUCUCUGAUUGGAGGUGUACUUUUCCCGGAUCGGUCUGGAUCUACGGUGCACCUACAGUACCUACUUCUGAUUGAGGAUUGGCAGAGAGCUGGACGGUUCGCCUGGGGAGCUGCUGUUUUAUCCUACCUGUACCGUGAGAUGGGUAGGUCGACUUUGCACAUUAUGCAUACUGGCACUUCUCUAAGCGGUGACCUUGGUGGAUGGAUCGCCCUACUGCAGUUCUGGGCGUGGGAGCGAUUCCCACAUCUGGCACCUCGAGAUUCAGAGACCGCGUGCUCCGGCAGUUUGGCAUGA